AUGUGGCCUCUUUGCUUUCUGCUUAACAAGCUUUUGAAAGUUGAAGAGAGGAAUCAAGGGAGAUCAGAAGGACAUGGAGAUUCGGCGUCUCCAAAAUACUGCCAAUUUGAUCCCUUUGUUAGUGAUGGAAACUACGAAGAUGCCGUGUUGCCAUCCUCGUCCCACAUGGAAGUCCCUCAUGUACAUCAGUUAGCUUCAUGGGAUUGCGGUCUCGCUUGUGUUCUCAUGGUUCUCAGAGCAAGUGGCAUCACAAGCUGCACUAUCGAGGAUUUGGCUGAGAUGUGCUCCACAAAUAGCAUUUGGACUGUGGAUCUCGCAUAUUUACUGCAAAAGUUCUGUGUGGAAUUUUCCUAUUUCACAAUAACAUUCGGAGCAAAUCCAAAUUACUCCAUAGAGGAAUUUUACAAGGAGCAGCUCCCUGAAGAUCUGGUGCGUGUGGAUUUGCUCUUCAGAAAAGCACAUGAAUCUGGCGUUAUUAUACAGUGCAGAUCAGUUAGUAUCCAUGAGAUUUCUUGUUUGCUUUUGUCGGGGAACUAUGUUGCCAUUGCAUUAGUCGACCAAGACAAGCUAAGCAAGUCUUGGUUGGAGGAAGUGAUUGUCGCUGGUCUUCACAACAGCAAUUCCAGCUACACCGGUCACUAUAUCGUGAUAUGUGGCUACGAUGCUGUCAGAGAUGAGUUUGAGAUUAGAGAUCCUGCCAGUUCCAAGAGACACGAAAGGAUCUCGUCAAAAUGCCUGGAGAAUGCCCGGAAAUCGUUUGGUACAGACGAAGAUCUUCUCCUGAUUAACUUGGAGAAUACAGGAAUACAAGGAUAG